AUGGAUCUCUCGUCUCAUCCGCCUCAACGUCUAGAGCUUGCCGGCCGAGCUUCGGAAAAGACACAAACCAAUCCGGCCAGUAUGCUACACGCUACACAGGCCGAGUCACUGACGAUCAUUUCAUCUCCUCCCGUGGUUCCUGGGUCAAAUUCAGGACUGCAGUCGGGGAACGCAAGCUCCAGCCCGCAAUUGAGGCUCACAAGACCUGUGAUGCGUCUCUCUUCAGCACGUUCGGUGAUGAGCGCAGAUACUAUAGUUGCAAUUGAAGCACAAGUCCAAAAUAUAUUACACUACAGCAUCGACAUGGACAUUGAGGACUAUGAGUCUACCAAUCCUGGCAAUCAGUACAGCGGCCCUCCUCCCAACAUACCGCUGCCUGCAUUGCCACACGAAGCACAACACGUACAAUGUGAUCUGGCCAAAAGCCCCGAAAGUCUGGGCAGUUUGGACAGCGAUCUUGACGAGAGCCCACAGAGUUGCCUUAACAGUGUGCGUCAUACCAUUCGAAGCACUCGCGCUGAUAAAGUGCGGGAAAGGAGGAUGCGCGAUCUCGCGAAGUUGCGUAGUCAGACACAAAACGCUGAUGCCCUUGGAUCGAGCGAGACUAGUAAGAAGUCCACCGACUCUAAAAAUCCACAGAGAUUGACAUGCGAUGUUGAUGAGCUUGAUCAAUUUCCCGCUGUCCCAGACUCCCAACCAACAAUUCUUUGCAGUAUGUCUGCUUCCUGUCCUAGUUGCCAGAACAGCCAAGAGAAAACGACUCGCCAACACCGCCGAAUGUCCAAAGCUGGUUCAGACGAAAACCCGGGGAGUACGUCACCGCAAACACUUAGUCAGAGCAAUAUAUUCGUGGUCGUCGACGCUGAUCCCAUCACGGCGCGUUUUAGAGCAGGCGCCACAAGUCCGAGAUUGAGCAUUGCAGGCAGUGCCACUGGAUUGAGAAGCCCAAAGUAUACACGCACUUCUUCAAAGCUCAAAGAGGUCAUGGCCAAUAGGUUGAGUCUGAGUGAGGGUCCGGGACGAGAAACGGUUCUUGGCAGUCCCAUGAAGAGCCCAAGUAGGAAAACCCGAGGCAGGAGUCCGACAGGGGAGCAAGCACUCAGACCUCGUCGAUCAAGUUCUUGCUUGGGCAUCCACAGUAGCCGGCCUGGAAGAGUUGAGAGCCGAUCCAGAAGCAGUUCCCGUGACGAUCACUCACAAACCUCCUGUGAUACAAACUCGCCAAAUGAAUCAACCAGCGAGAUGAAAAAACGGCGACGUUGGAACAGCGGCAAUAUCAGCCUCGUCACAAAAUUGCAACAAGAUUUACGCGACUACUAUGCUACGAUUUUGAAGCAGGAGGAGAAGAUUAGAUUGCAAGCCAACCAGAUUCAGAUGAUCAUGAAGAUCUUUGCGCCCAUAAACCUAAACCAGCAGCUAGAAGAGCUGAAACUUCUUCAGGAUUCUCCUAGUCAAUCAUCAAUUGGUAGAGAGGCGAACCGAAACAAGGGACAGGCAACAAGGUCUUGGAGCGGGCACACCGACAGGCGAUCGCCGAGAUCUAGUUUUCGCUUUCCGCUCGAUAGCAUCAAGGUACAAACUCUCAACCGCCAAGGUCAUAGCACAUCGAACAGAGCCGAUGCUACCAGCGAGGGCUUCACCUCCGCGGCAAUGUCAAUGGAAUCGGGGGCAGCUGUUAUUGAUGAUGCGUAA